AUGACCGACUUGAUGCCUACGACUCACAUGCAUGGGCAUCAGCUCGCGUGUUUCCGUCCAAAGCAUCGUUUCCGUCUAACCACAGCGUCCUUAAAUGCACAAGAACGAGGAUUUACAGCCGAUAAUCGCUUGAAAUUGGCCUGUCAUUGCAAGCGACAAGUUUUGCAGUGUCUCGUCGACUUUGAGCAGCAGACAGAGGCUGAAAUGGACACAGCGGAAAGUCUCUAUCGCUACAGACUACACAAAUGGAGUGAACGUUUUUAUGUUCAUGACUGGACCCCAGAACGAGUGUGUCAAAAAUGGAAAGAGAACCAUAAACGCUUUAUUGAACAUCCAAACGACACGACCCCGUCGUCAAAAACGACGUCAAAAAUGACGUUUUCGAUGUUUGCCACGACGGCAGAGAUGAUGUUGCAUUCGCGUCAAUUGGACACGAUGCUGAAGGCUGGUGUUCCACCUCCGUUGCGUGGUCAAGUUUGGUGGAUGUGUAGCGGCGCAGCAGAGCUACGACAUGAAGCGCCCGAGACGUAUCCGACGCUACUACAUCGUCUCCAUACAUUAAGCAAGUGUGUCGAGAUGGAAAUUGAAAAGGAUUUACCGAGGACGUUUCCACUUGCUCUACGGAAUUCAAUGAAGCAGUCUCAAGAGUUGACAGAAAGUGAUAAUUUUGGAGAGCUUCGACGUGUCUUGCAGGCCUAUUCACUACGUAAUCCAGCGGUGGGAUACUGUCAGAGCAUGAACUUUCUAGCUGCUGUGCUGCUACAAAAUAUGGGAGAAGAGGAGGCUUUUUGGGUGUUGGCAGCUAUUGUAGAAGAGCUGACGCCACAGUAUCAUACACAAACAAUGACUGGCAGUCGCGCAGACCAGCGCGUUUUCUCGGAUCUCGUGACUCAGAAACUGCCGGUGUUGGCGAGUCACUUGCACACGCUGGGCGUGGACUUUGAACCAUUCACGCUGAAAUGGUUUUUGUGUCUUUUUUUAAACACCCUCCCAUUUGAACCUGUCAUGCGGAUAUGGGAUGUUUUCUUCUGUGAAGGUAGUCAUGUACUGCUACGAGUGGGGCUUGUGCUUCUUAAAUUGAACCAACCACGCAUCAUGGCGUGUGACGAUGCACUUGAUGUGUAUGAGAUGUUCAAGGUUUCGCACGAAACGCUGCAGGAACUGACUGCACCUUAUCGAACAGGAUUGCUUAACCGUGACGAGUGCGUCUGUGAUACGUUGAUUCGUCUUGCCAUGGACAAGUCUUUUUUGGGGGCCAUUCCAUUUGAUUCCUUACACGAGUUGCGUCAAUACUACUACCAUGAGAUUGACGCGGAAUUAGCGGAAGCCGAAGCACGACGACUUGAACGCCAACGCUCUACCGAGGCAUACGCACUACUUGUGGCAAACCGACGGCUAGAAGAAAAAGGAAAGGACCUAGGAAGUGACGCGGAUGAGGCUUCGACAAGUUGCAGCUCUCACGGUGAUAUUGAAGAUCGUGCGCUGAUGAUGGAGUACGACUUCGUGGACGACUAUGUGUGCAGCUCUGGUUCGGAAUCGUCUCCAGCACGACACAUUCGGUUUUUGGAUCUGUACGACAGUGACGACUCGACCUCUGAAUACUUUGUCGACGUCAUGUUUGACUUUUCCCUGCAACACGACUGCUGUUAA